AUGCCUCCACCUGUUCCCAACAGCAGAUACAAAGCUGCUGUUCGAGAACAAAGAGUGCGAGCCAUCACUGCAUGCGAGUACUGCCGUCAAAAAAAACUCAAAUGCAGUAACGAUCGCCCAAUCUGCCAGCAAUGCCAGGCCCGCGGAAAAGAUUGUGCCUAUGUAGAAACACCUAAGCUUCCUCGGCCUUCUAAAGCUCGCAUAUCCCGCUUGGAGGAAGAAAAUAGAUAUCUGAAAGAUUCACUGGCCAAUUUUGAGCAGGGGUUGAGGCCCCAACGAGUUGACAAAACAGCUGAGUCUCAAACUUCAGCCGAGUUUGCAUCCAAGUCACUGGAAUUGAUGUCAGUGCACACGCCGGAAUUAUGGAAUGGACGAAGAAUCGAGGGACGCCAGAAUCUUCACUACUUAAGUACUCCACCGUUAGAUCCCCAACCCUUCAGUCAGGUCGACACUGUUGCGCAAUCGCAUGGACCGACAAGUGCUGUCACUGAUGAGAUCACCUCAAACCUCGACAUGAUGGCUAAGGGGCGUUCUCACCAUGCUGAGGAGUUGGAAGCCCUUCAGAACGCUUUAUUUGCAAAUUCAGCCAGACUAAGUCAAAUGGAGAAAAUUAACUUCAAUUCCAGCCGAUUUGAUUUCGAUGGAGUAGAUUCUCGGGUCGCAAUGCGUCUCUUAUCUUUGUAUUGGGACCGUCAGCUCGACGUCGGCGCAGUUGUCUAUAGACCUACCUUUAUGAGGGAUAUGGCAUGUCAUGGGCCAUACUUCUCUAAACUAUUGCUCAACGCCAUUUACUUCACCGCCUCAAAAUAUUGUUCCCAUGAGGAAGUCUUCGAUGAUCGGACAGAAGCGCUGACAGCGGGUCGAAGAUUUCGGCGACGGGCGAUGGAAUUGAUUGGGGAUCACAUUACCAAAAGCGAGAUACCUACAGUGCAAGCGCUUCUUCUAUUGUCUCAUGCUUUGUUCAACUGGUGUGAUGAAAAGAGUUUGUCUUGGCUAUACUCUGGAAUGGCUAUCAAUAUGAUCAUAGAUCUGGGCUUACACACCGGCCAUAAAACUGACCCUAGAGUGGGUAAACUGGCCCCUGAAGAUAUUGAAGCUAGACAGAGAGUAUUCUGGGGUGCAUACUCUAUCGACAAAUUCUUGUCUUUAUAUCAAGGGAGGUGCAUUCGAUUGUGUGAUGCUGACACAAGCUUAUAUCCACGGUUCCUUGACGAAUUUGAAGAGUAUGAGACAUUGCAGGCAUCAUCCUAUGCGAACGUCAACGGAGCUUCCGAUCUGCCAGCCCAUAACAUCUCAAUUCUGAAAGGCUACUGUUCUCUUUCCAUUAUUAUGUCUGGUAUCCUGGACACUCUAUACACAGAGCGCAGCACACUCAAGGAACCAAAUAGUCUGCUUGAGGCCUCAUCAUCUCUCUACCAUCAGCUCAAAAAUUGGCUCAAGUCCAUUCCAUCUGUUCUGACCGACACAUUGUCGCAGAUGUCGAGGGGGAUUGCAUCGCCGCAUAUUCUCUCAUUGAGGGCAUUGUACCAUACGUUGGAAAUACUUCUUCACCGUCCAUUUGUGUCUGAUGGACAUUUGCGCGGUGUGUCGUUGUCUGCCGCACCUCUUGCAUUCAACACCUGUGUCUCGGCAGCUAGUUCAAUAGACCAAGUACUUACCUGCUACCGGGAAAUGUUCUCGACCAGAUUUGCACCAUACACUCUGUCUUACGCAACAUACGUUAGCGCCACAAUUCAUGCCAGAGUGGCUGCACAGAGCCCAUCGGACUCUCAAGCCCAUGCUUCACUCCAGAGGUGUGUUUCGACGCUUAGAGAGCACCAGGAAUUAUCAUUAGGACCAAAAGAAAGCAUUGGGGGUGAUAAGAAACCUUAUGAGACGUGUUGGCAUUGA